UUAGACUGAUCUUUAACAGUCUGUAAUCUCAUCAGUGUCAAACCCAUCGCUAUUGAGCAUACAGAGCUACCGUGCCUCCCCGAAAUCUGUCUCUGGAUUGGAGAACUUUAACAGCCAAAUCGUGGAUGUGACCGACUGACUUAUUUUUGCAGAUUGUUUUUUUUUUUAUUCCAGACGCCACUAACCGCUGAAGUUUUUCAAACUUUACGCGGACCCAAUUGCGGAGAGGAUGUUUCUGCAGAGGAAAGAGCUAUGCCUGCUGUUUAUGUUCUUUUUUUCUACGACCAUGAUCGAUAUUUCAUUUUGUGUCAAGAGAGGCAACGCAAGAAAAUCAGAUCGCCUCAGCCCCCCCUUGGACAUCCAACUGGAGACGCUCAACUGCACAGCCCUGCGGGUGCGCUGGAAGAUGCCCAGGCGCCAUGUGAGCACCAUCACAGGGUACAAGGUCUUUUACACUGAAAUGAGAGGUGCUCGGACGUUUGGAAAUGCAGCCACACUGGAUGUGCCUCUCAGCCUGGACAUGCUGACCACUGGCCAGUUUGAUGGACAAGCUGGGUUUGAUGUGGCCAUAUCCAACCUGAAAGUGGCCACCCUAUACAGGGUCAGUGUUGGGGCAUACGGAUGGGCCGGAGAGGGCCGUCCCAGCAUGCCGCGGGACGUCAGCACUGCUUCACAUGAGAUGUGUAUGCCCCCCUCUCCCCCGACGCAACCACGUGUCGUAGCGGUGUCCGACACUGAGCUGGCAUUGUCAUGGCAACAGGGCGAGAGCGAGGGGAGCGCUCCUGUGCUGCACUUUCUCGUGGCUUACAUCAGGCCAGAAAUGGACACAGAGUGGACUUACAUCCGGGAGCCGGUGGAGUCCAACUCCAUGGUGCUGAAAGGCCUUUUCCCCGACACGGAGUACCAGUUUGUGGUGCGAGCCGUCAACAUCCAUGGAUUGAGCCCUCCCAGCACCAUCAAUAAUGCGGUGCGGACCCUUGGUGAGUGCUCUGCUGCCCUUUGGGGUGAGAGCUUCCAGUACGUGGUGAGGCCUAGCGACUCCAGACGGAGAGGCUCAGCAGAUGUUGGCAGUGGAGACUAUGGCCAGCGCUACAUCACCGAAUCAAAGAUAAAGGAUGAUGAUGGCUUUGACGUGGAUGACUCCGACUAUGACGUCUUCAUUGAGGAGCUGAAAAAGUUUCCAGCCGUCACUGGCGAUAACAGGAGAUCCCAGCUGAGAUCCAGAACUGGAGUUCCAGGGAAUGGGAACGUCAUUUUCCGGAUGAGUCCAAAGUCCUCCAACAGCACCCCUCCCGUGCCAGUGUGGAGCACCUCCAUCUCCCCCUCCCCCUCCGUCACCGCCAGCCCCACCUUCUCCACCCCUCUCGCCUCCUUCACUGGUGGCUUUGCGCCCACCCAGGCCUUGCCCACCACCACCACCACCGCCUAUAUCCCCACCCCAUCCCGCACCGAUGCAGACACGCCCGUCCUGCCUGACCCCACGCUCUCUCGACCCCUGACCCCAUGGAAGGGCGACGUGCCGCGGGUGUAUGACCUGGCGUGCGAGGACACGGUGUGCCCGUCCGACAGCUUCUGCCUGAGUGACUAUGACAGCGGGGGCUCACGCUGCCACUGCAGCUUGGGUCGCCGUGGAGACACCUGCUCUGAGGGUGUGAUGGUGCAGUUCCCUAAAUUUCAUGGCUACUCGCACGUGACCUUUGAGCCACUGAAGAACUCUUACCAGACAUUUCAGAUGACGGUACAGUUUAAGGCGGAGGCUGAAGAUGGACUACUGCUGUACUGUGGGGAGAAUGAGCAUGGCCGAGGAGACUUCACCUCCUUGGCCUUGGUCCGGGGCAAACUUCACUACAGGUUUAACUGCGGCACUGGCGCGGCCCAGAUCAUGAGUGAGAGCAGGGUGGUGCUGGGACAGUGGCACACCGUCACCAUCUUCAGGGACGGCCUGACCGGCUGGCUCCGCAUGGACAACGACACCCCAGUCUCGGGACGAUCACCGGGCCAGUACACCAAGAUCACCUUCCGCUCUCCGCUGUACCUGGGCGGGGCGCCCAGCGUCUACUGGCUGGUGAGAGCGGCAGGCACCAACCGCGGCUUCCAGGGCUGCAUCCAGUCGCUCAACGUCAACGGCAGGCUGCUGGACCUGCGGCCCUGGCCUCUGGGCAGUGCCCUGAGCGGAGCGGACGUGGGCGAGUGUAGUGAUGGUGUGUGCGACAAGGUCACCUGUGCCAACGGCGGGCUGUGCUUCGCCAACCGCGCAGACGACUUCAUCUGCCUGUGCCCGCUCGGCUUCCGAGGCCAGCUCUGCGAGGAAAGUUUCCUGCUGGCUCUGCCCCUCUUCAACGAGACCAUGCGCUCGUACGCUAGCGCCCCCUGGCCCCAGUCCUCCCAUAGCUACCUCUCCUUCAUGGAGUUUGAGAUCGUCUUCCAGCCGGCCCGGCCCGACGGCACUCUGCUCUACAGCGACGACUUCGGCAGCCGCGACUUUCUGUCCAUCAAUCUGGUGGACGGCUUCGUGGAGUUCCGCUUCGACUGUGGCUCUGGGGCAACUGUCAUUAGAAGUGUGGAGGCAAUCGACAUGGACUCCUGGCACGAGGUGCGGGUGUCGCGCACGGCAAAGAGUGGCAUUCUGCAAGUGGACAACCAAAGCCCCAGCGAGGGCAAAGCAGAGGGCGCCUUCACUCAGAUCAAGUGCAGCUCUCCUCUCUACAUUGGAGGCGUCCCGGACUACGCCACCACCAAGAGCAGCGCGGCUGUCCGACGGCCCUUCAGUGGCACCAUUCAGAAGAUCGUGCUAAAUGACCGCAACAUACCACUGACCAAGGACUUUGCGUUUGGUGUGAACAUAGAGAACGCGGCCCACCCGUGCAUGCACAGCCCCUGUGCCAAUGGCGGGACGUGCCGGCCUAUGUGGGACAGCUAUGAGUGUGACUGUGCUCUGGGCUACGAUGGCAAACACUGUCAGAAGGAAUGUGGGAAUUAUUGCUUGAACACUGUAACUGAGCCAAUUGAAAUACCCCAGUUCACAGGCCGCAGCUAUCUGACCUACGACAGCCGGGAAAUCUUAAAAAGGGUGUCUGGUGUCAGGACCAAUAUGUUCAUGCGCUUUAAGAGCACGUCCAAAGACGGCCUGCUGCUGUGGCGCGGGGACAUGAGGCCCAACAGCGACUACCUGGCCCUGGGCCUGCAGGACGGAGCUCUGGUCUUCAGUUAUAACCUCGGCAGUGGUCCAACAUCUGUUGUCCUCAACGGAACCUUCCAUGAUGGUAGAUGGCACAGAGUAAAAGCAGUCAGGGACGCUCAAUUUGGAAAACUGACAGUGGACGACUACGGCGCUAAAACUGGGAGGUCUCCGGGUAAAAUGAGGCAGCUCAAUAUCAACGGUAUCUUAUAUGUCGGGGGGAUGAAGGAGAUCGCGCUACACACCAACAGACAGUACAUGCGUGGGCUGGUGGGCUGCGUGUCGCACUUUACCCUCUCUACCGACUACCACAUGGCCCUGGUGGAGGACGCCACCGAUGGGAAGAACAUCAACACCUGCACCAACUGAGAGCGGCUCCGACGUCCAUCCCACCCACACACUCUCACCACACCAGUGGGAAAGCCAGAGGCGCUGUGCCGACGCUGCCAUCCAAAAAAAACCUAGGGCCAAAACCACAUACAAACAAACUAGCAUUCAGCACAGGACCAGCUGAAGCAUUCACUGCCUCCUCUUACAGAAGAGAAAUCAGAACUAUGAGGAACGGUUUCUUGGGAUGUAUUAUAUUUAUGUUGAUUAAUUUAUUUUUUGUAUGUAUGUAAUAACUUAAGAAAAAGGGAGAAACAUGUUGAAAUGUAGCGAUGUUUCUGGAGGGAAAACGAUGUAGACAUGAGAGAUAGGUGAGAGAAGUCUGUGGAAUGGUCAUUCUAGAAUUUUCUUUUCUUUUAUACAAAUGGAAUUCUCUGAAUGCAACAGUCUUUGUGUUUUAGAUCCCUGUUCUUUUCUCUGUAUCUGUUUCAAAGUCUUCAUUGUUAAGUGUUCAUAGGCUAACAGCUGUGGAAAUGAAAGGAUAUCUCAUGACCACAAAGCUAUAAUUUCUUUACCCUCCCUUGUGUGAUGUUUCUGUUCUCAGUGUAAUAAUAUUAUUAUAAUUAUAACAAGAUUUUCCACUUUUUUAUUGAGUGUUGAAUUUGCAAAUUUUUUUUGGUAGAGAACUAUCUUUAUUUGUGGGAGCUAAUUAUCCCUGUUUUCAUUGUCUGCCUUGCCACUGGAAAAAGCCU